CACACUGUCCAUUCUCCCUGGAAGGUGCACAUGGGCACGCACAUGUGGAAUAACGCCCCCGCGAGGCGCGGCCGCCGCCUGUCGGUGGAAAACCCCAUGGCUCUGCUGGGUGGUGAUGCCCUGAAGUUCUCAGAAAUGUUUCAGAAGGAUCUGGCAGCGCGAGCAAUGAACGUUGACCCAAGUUUUUGGAACCAGUAUGCUGCAGCUAUCACAAACGGUCUGGCCAUGAAGAACAAUGAGAUCUCUGUCAUCCAGAAUGGCGGCAUUCCCCAGCUCCCAGUAAGUCUCGGUGGAAGCGCCAUCCCCCCCUUGGGUUCUCUGACCGCCGGGAUGGACAAAGCGCGCACCGGCGGUAGUCCACCCAUCGUGGGUUUGGACAAGGCGAACUCCGAAUCGGGCGCCAGCCGUCCAUUCACGAGGUUUAUUGAGGAUAACAAGGAGAUUGGUAUUAACUAGCUGUGCUCGGGCUCCGCCCAUCUGCUCUGUCCCGAGCACACACCGUCAAGUGCGACCAUCAGGCUGCGAGGCCCUGUGCCCCAGUUCCCCUUAAGAUGUUACCCGUAGCGGAAAACACGUUCACUGUGUGGCUGCUGGAAGGUUGUCUCGGACGCACUGCAUGGUACUCUUUCCACAGUGAGCUUGACUCUUCUUGGGAACUCUGUAACCUGUUAAAUAAAUUUAAGUCAAAAAGAGAAGUCCUUGUAAAACCGCCUUGGGAAUGGAAAGGGCUCAAACCACAUCCACGUCGUUCCUCCCAAAACCUAAUAACCCCCGUGAGGGAGAGAGGGGUCCCCUGCGUGUCCCAGCAACACUCACUCGAAGGUUUUGUUCUAAUUAGUUAGAAACUUGAACUCUGUUUUUAGACUAUUGGGGAUGUGGUCCGGUACUCCCAGCGCUGUCUUCUAGCAGUACCUUCGUCUGUAGUAUUUAUAAUGCUGAGAUUAUGCGGGUAACAGAUAAUACAGCCCCAACUUUAAAGGAAGCUUUUGUACUGCAGAAUACAUCUGGCUAUGUGAUUUUUUUUUUUAAAGCAGAGUUUGUUUUACUAUAAAUAAGUGAGUUAUUUCAAUGCAGACAAGUUGUGAAGUCCCACUGGGAAAGACCGCAUGCUUUCGUGUGCAAGUUCCUGUCAAUGACAAGCCUUUUUUUGU